AUGGCCGCGUGCUCCAGGGGCCUCGUGUGGCCGCCGUUCGAUCUGACCACGGCGAGGGGGGCGGCGUCCUGGCCGCGCCGGCGUGCCGCGAUCCGGUGCUGCUGCGCCGGGGCCGACUCGGAGCCGCGGAGGCGACUCUCGAGGGCGGCCGCGGUCGCGCCCGAGCGCGCCGAGGAGUGGCGCAUCGAUGGGAACAAGCCAUCCGCCGCGGCACCGGGCCGGCGGCGCGCCAGCCUCACCGCUAUGCCCCCUCUCCCCUUCCCUGCACCUCGUUCUAGAAGGCAGUUCAAGCAACAGGACUUCUACCCGCGGUGCACCCCGAGGGGGCCGGCUCCUCAAUCCCGUGAUACCCCGCCCAAGAGAGACACUGGUAUUGCUAGUGAGAAGGAAUGGGGAAUCAACUUGCCGGAUGAAGCAGUCAAGGAGUCUGGAAUAAAUGAAGAUGGAAGCACUUGGUACAGGGAGAGUGGAGAAGAUAUUGGCGAGAACGGGUACCGCUGCCGCUGGACAAGAAUGGGAGGACAGAACCAUGAUGGUUCCACCGAAUGGAAAGAGACUUGGUGGGAGAAAAGUGACUGGACUGGAUAUAAGGAAUUAGGCGCGGAGAAAUCUGGGAAGAAUGCUGAAGGUGAUUCUUGGUGGGAGAAAUGGAAAGAAGUUCUGUACCAAGAUGAAUGGAGCAAUCUUGCAAGAAUAGAGAGAAGUGCUGAAAAACAAGCAAAAUCAGGUGUAGAAAAUGCUGGGUGGUAUGAGAAAUGGUGGGAGAAAUAUGAUGCCAAAGGUUGGACAGAAAAAGGUGCUCACAAAUAUGGAAGGUUGAAUGAGCAGUCCUGGUGGGAGAGAUGGGGUGAACAUUAUGAUGGCUGUGGAUUUGUUUUGAAAUGGACAGAUAAGUGGGCAGAGACAGACUUAGGCACCAAAUGGGGGGACAAGUGGGAGGAGAAAUUCUUUGCAGGAAUUGGUUCUCGACAAGGGGAGACAUGGCAUGUAUCUCCUGGCGGUGAACGCUGGUCAAGAACUUGGGGAGAAGAACACUUUGGUAAUGGAAAAGUCCAUAAGUAUGGGAAGAGCACAACUGGCGAGAGCUGGGAUUUGGUAGUCGACGAGGAGACAUACUAUGAGGCGGAGCCCCAUUAUGGAUGGGCCGAUGUCGUCGGAGACUCGACACAGCUGCUGUCCAUACAACCUGUGGAGAGGCCACCCGGAGUGUUCCCGGCCAUCGACUUCAGCUCCGCGCCCCCACCAAAGGACGCUCCGCCGGGCAUGCCUCCUUCUUCCCCUCUGGAUGGAGUGGAUUAG